AUGGGGCUGCCGCUGCUUAUUUGUGGGGCUGUGCUCCAAUUGGUGCACAUCGUGAAGAGGAGCAUGCAUCAGGUGGAGCCGCCGACAGCCGGGACCACUCAGCUGCCGAUGCUCAGCGCGAUCGAUACUGCAAAUGUUGUUGCUGAUGGGAAUGUAACGGCUGCCGCUGUGGUUACUAGAACUGCGAGCGCAAGCUGCAGGGGUGAAAACGCGUCAACAUCUGCAACGGCUGCGUCUCCAUGCAAUGCUAGCGGAAAUGGCGCAUGUUUGUCGCUGUUGGAGCGUGGUGACAGCGCUGGUGCUGCGUCUGCGAUGCAUGGUACGAACGGAGCGGCGAACAGAACUUCCAGUUUUAAUUCUGCUGCAGGUAUCAAGCCUAAUCUGAUGAUCACUGAAGCUGACAACGUCGAGGUGGAUCAUGCCGUGCAGGUAACGAGUAACUACAAUAUUGCGAGCAAGAAUACUAGUGAUAAUAGCACUGGUCGCACGGUGGAUGUGAUUGCGGAAGUAAUCAUGCCUGGCCCUCAGUUGGAAAGCGAUGCUAUUGCAGCAAACUGGACGGACAAGAACCACAACGAAGCCUGGGAUUCUGAGGUAGAGAAGGCAGAUCCUUUGACUGAAGAACAGCGUGAAUUCUUUACGGAGGCUUUGAAUAUGGAGGCCAAGAUGAAUCCGGAGGCCUCGAAGCCGAUGGCCACCCUGUUUGUGUCGACGACGGCAACCGAGGAAACGCAGGAGACGAAACCAGAAGCCAAUAUUUCCAUGAAUUUGGGAGGAAACUUAACGGCCUCUAGCGCAGCAGCAGCAAACCCAGUGCUGCAGAAAGCACUCGGGACAGACCCGAAUGGCGUGAUGAGCGUGGCUCUGUCGGUAUUUGAGGAAAUAGAUAUGUCACUGUUGUGCAGAAGUCUACGUAGUGAUUUGGAGGAACAUGAAAUCUCUUUGUUUUUCUCCAAUUGAAGAAAAUUACCUUAAAUAUUAUACUUAGUUCAUCAACUACUUCCACAUCCACCCACGUAUAAAAACAUGAUCAUCACAAGUACGACUUUCAACAAUCAUGUCACUAUAUCGGAAGAAGUCAACAACCUGAUAUCGUCACCUCUUUCUUAGUUGACGACGACGACCGCGACUGUGACAACGUCCAUGGCCACUGAGACCUCGACGACGGUUAGGACGACAACGGUGAUCGCAACGCCUGUGCCGCAAGAAGAAGAGGCCACUCGUACCUUCACUGGGACGAACGGCUCUGCAGUGAACUUCACGACAAGCGCCCAAGUCAGGGAGGCAAUCGAAAAGGCAACUGCCGAAACCUAUGUCGAUUUGGGAGUCUCUCAUGUGCAACCAAUUACUUUCAGCACAGUGGAUUUGGCCGCCGCUUCACCGAGCAUGCUCAUGCUACAAGAGGAAGAGAAGAGUACUAUUUAUUUUAUCUACAAAGAUUGCGAUUUGGCGUCGCUCCCAAGAGAUAAACCUCCUCGAACAUGAGGGCGUUAUACUUUGUGAAUCUCCACUAGUGAAAGUGAACGAUCUCUAGCUUUCAACGGAGCUAAUCUCUAGCUUUUGUGACAACUACAACUUCCACACAGCCGCAUCAGCUAAUCUCUAGCAUGUGACAACUACAACUUCCACACAGCCGCAUCGACCGGAUCGACGAGCAGGAGCAUAG